GUUAGUUGGUAUCGAUUCAUUGACCGAGGAGAAUCCAAAAAGCCAUGAGCUUACAGGAUGGGGGCCCUGAGGAGCCCCAGCAGGAGUCACUGCUUCAGAGAGCAGCCACAGUGAUUCAGAGAGCCUGGAGAAGACAUGUGCACAGAGAGAUCUUUGGGUAUUUCAAACAGCUGAUCAGCCAUUGCAACCAGCGGGAUCCACAGUCAAUCCUCAAAACUGUCAAUCCUCGGGAGGCGGAGCUGCUGGAUGCUGCUGCUGGGGUGUUCAUCAGAUUUCGACUUGGAGGGAUCACUUUCCCUCCCGGCAUCUACUACAAGAUCUUCACCCACCGUCCCAUCACAGAUGUGUGUGCCAGCAGCCCAAAGGAUUACACCCAGCCGGGCCUCAGGAAGCCUGUGGCCUGGCAGAACGUCAGGAACCGGCCUGUGUUGCAGGAGGACCGGUCAGGGUGGUACCAGCGUAUAGAGAACAACAGCUGGAGGCUGUUCUGCAGCAAGGUGGUUCCCAUCGCUGAGCCCAUUGAGUUCGGAGAAAACCAAAAAAUGGACUUUCACCACUCCAGAUUGCAGAGGCAGCAGGACGUGGAGAGGUGGAGGAGGAGGAGGAAAAUGGAAUGGCUGAGGCAGAUGUAUACCCAAGGUCGUUUGCAGACUCAUCCAGUACACGGACACGUGGCGACCCUGGUGAGGAACUCAGCCCAGGAAGUGAUGGAGACCGUUGAUGAGAAGGGGGAACAUGAGGAGUGGGAGUUGGAUGAGCUCCUGACCUGGACCACCACUCUCAGCUAUGAGAACUACAUUGAGGAGUGGAAACGUUUGGCCUGCAGUCACUACUCUGAGCCAAGCAGAGAUCUUCAUUUAUAUCCAGCCUGGUUAAAGCCACAUGAGUUUGCAGUUUUGGCUGUUGAAGACACUAAAGCAGAAAAUAAUUUAAAAACCCCAAAACAAAUCAAUGCAAAAUAAGUGCCAAUGUUCUAACUUUAUUUAUAUUAACUUCCGCUUCAUCUCCACAGCAAGUCUGAGCACAAAGCAGUGGAAUAAAUAAAUCAGAUUUUUCUGAAAUAUGUGAGUCAAGUCAUUAUUUGUGUUAUGUUAGUCAUUAUGAGUCGCUACAGUAAGUGUCAAAUGACAAUGAUUAUAACCAGAGACAUCAGGUCUACUUGGGGGGUCAUUUGAAUGCCUUGCCCAGCCGUAGCCAAAUACAUUAAUUCCAUCAAACAUUCAUCAUGCAUGUUAAACUCAGCCUUGUGU